AUGGAGCACAACCUACAGUUCAGAAUAACAAAACCUCUCUUCAAGCAGUCUGUCAGGGGCAUACUAUCCACCAUCUUCUUCCAGAGACUAGUUGGUCAAAUUGAUCCCAACAUCGACCAGUUUCUAUCUGUCACUUAUCCAACAGCAAAACUACAAACCUUGGACAUUUUGAUAGAUGAUAAGGUUGACCAACUAUACAACUAUAUAGAUGCUUUGUCCAAUGAGGAUUUUCACAACAAUAACAUACUUGUCAACAACAAUAGUAACCACAACGUUUUAACCUCCUAUGAUAACUUAUCGACCUCGACUGACAGCUCAAGUUUUAUUAAUAAUGAUUAUAAAAUCUGCAAAAUAUCGGUCAAAUUUUAUGAGGUCAAACAAAAAAUCGUCAAGAUAUAUAAUAAUCCUAAUAAAAAUGACUCUAACAAAUCAAAAUCAAAGUCAAAGAGCAAUUGGAAUAUACUAACAAAAUUGUAUGAUCCAUCUUCUUUCCUUUCAAAUGAUAAAACCUCCUCAAAUAAUACCACCAAUUCUAAUAAUUCCAAUGACAGAAAUAUCACUGACACCAAUAAUGACACAAAUCUAAAAAUAAUAAAAGAAGAUUAUAAAGAAUGUUGGGAAACUUGGAAUAUCAAAAUAAAAGUCUUAUCUGACUUUGAGUCUCCAAGCGAAAUUAAUAAUCUAACUCUAAAUAUCAAUAAUUUAUCUUUCAACAACAAUAUUAACAACAACAACAACAACAACAACAACAACAACAACAACAAUAAUAAUAAUAAUAAUAAUAAUAAUAAUAAUAAUAAUAAUAAUAAUAAUAAUAAUAAUAAUAAUAAUAAUAAUAAUAAUAAUAUCCUACUCAAUAGUAACAAUAAUAAUAACAAUUACAAUGAAUACAACAACAACAACAAUAACAACAAUUUCAAUGACGAUAAUAAUUUCAACAUAACAUUUAAUGAUCCACGCAUGAAUAACAUUGAUAACCAGUUAAUUCCAAAUAUAACUUCAAAUAUAACCUCAAAUUUAACAACACAUUUAAUAUCCAACUCCAACUCCAACUCAAAUUCUAUAGAAAGUGAUUCAAACGAAUUAAUUUAUUUUGCAAAUGAAUUUGAAAACAUUUUAUUACAGAUAAUAUCCUCAACUGAAUCAACUUACGACGAUAUUCCUCCAAUAUACUCCACAGAUUGCUCCCCUUUUCCCUAUUCAAUAAUAGUUAAUGAUUCUCAAAAUGCUUCCUCUUCCUCUAUAAUAAAUAAUAGUGACGAUAAUUGGAGUGAAUUAAUCAAUAAAAUGGUUCCCGAUCCAACUUCCUAA